CGCAACUGUAGAGGAGCGCGUGAGGACAACGAUGGCGGAGAGGUAGGAAAGGUAGCAACCUUUUAGGGGUUUGACCAUUUGCUAAGUAACAUCGCAACCAUCAUUAGCCUACCAAGACUUAACAGUUUUAAACAGGGUUGGAUUUUAAUCAGCCAGAAAAAGCAACAUCAGGAAGAUGCCGAACAUCAAGAUUUUUAGCGGUAGCUCGCACCAGGACCUUUCCCAAAAAAUUGCGGAUAGACUCGGUUUAGAGUUGGGGAAGGUCGUCACCAAGAAGUUCAGCAAUCAAGAAACAUGUGUGGAGAUAGGAGAGAGCGUGCGCGGGGAGGACGUGUACAUUGUGCAGAGCGGCUGUGGCGAGAUCAACGACAACCUGAUGGAGCUGCUGAUCAUGAUCAACGCAUGCAAGAUCGCCUCCGCCUCCAGAGUCAGCGCCGUCAUCCCCUGCUUCCCCUACGCCCGCCAGGACAAGAAGGACAAGGUGGGGAGUCGAGCUCCCAUCUCCGCCAAGCUGGUAGCCAACAUGCUGUCCGUGGCCGGGGCCGACCACAUCAUCACCAUGGACCUCCACGCCUCUCAGAUACAGGGCUUCUUCGACAUCCCCGUGGACAACCUGUACGCUGAACCUGCCGUGCUUAAGUGGAUCAAAGAGAACAUUCCGGAAUGGAAGAAUUGCACCAUUGUGUCCCCCGAUGCCGGAGGCGCUAAGAGGGUCACGUCCAUAGCUGACCGUCUGAACGUGGACUUUGCGCUCAUCCAUAAGGAGAGGAAGAAGGCCAACGAGGUGGACCGCAUGGUUCUCGUCGGAGACGUCAAAGACCGCGUGGCCAUCUUGGUCGACGACAUGGCCGACACUUGUGGGACCGUAUGCCAUGCUGCUGACAAGCUGAUUUCAGCUGGGGCCACAAAAGUCUACGCCAUUUUGACCCACGGUAUCUUCUCGGGUCCGGCCAUUUCACGCAUCAACAACGCCGCCUUUGAAGCCGUCGUCGUGACCAACACCAUUCCUCAGGAGGAGAAGAUGAAGCACUGUCCGAAAAUUCAGGUCAUUGACAUCUCCAUGAUCCUGGCAGAGGCCAUCAGGAGGACUCACAAUGGCGAAUCAGUCUCUUACCUCUUCAGCCACGUACCCUUGUAAUCUCUGGUCUCCCACCCCCCCCCCCCCCCCCCCCCCCCCCCACACACACACACACACAUACAUUCAAACACACUUGAGCACACACACACACACACACACACACACACACACACACACUACCCUACUCCCUGGAGGUCCUCUCUCUAUCCCGCCGUACCAGAGUUGUCUAUGGCUGAUCCAAUCUCCUCUCAAAUCCUCUAUUCCAAGUUGGCAAGAUGGCUGCCCCAUCAGGCAGACUGACUGAGUGGAGGACUCCCCCAUUCCCCCUAGUGACUCUAUCCAUAAAAUGAUUCCCAAACAAAGCCUUCUUUGGCGAAAAUGUUCAUAUCCAACAUGCAGCUGUUACAAACUCAAGUUAUUGAGUUAAAAAUAAAUAUUUAGGUCAUUUUGUGGUGGUGAUGUUACAAUUUUAUUUAUUGGUUCCUGAUUUUUAACUGUAGCUUUGAUAAUCAAAUCAGAAUGGUCAAAAGUGUUCAAAGUCACCAACAAAUUUAUAUUGGCCAAUAGGGACCUCUAAUUAACACCACCCAAAUGCCUGAUGAGGAAUGUGAUGAAAGGCAGUAAGUGAGUGAGUUUUUCUCUUUUUUUUCUUCCUUUCCUUUUUUCCCCACAAGACACAAGCUUGUCUGAGGGCAAGAACUUCCUGGCGAAGAGUUGAUGUGCUGUUUUUAUUUUUCAUCUUUUGUUUUUUGUUGCAUUUUUUGUAAAGAGAUGACAUUUGUAUGGACACUGGACAGUAGUUUUAGUCACAGUUACACAAAGAGGUCACAUCAUGGAAGUGCUUACCUUUCCGGUUCAUUUCUGCUUUUUUGUAUGUGGCUGGUUUUUUCUUCUUUGGGGGGUUGAACACUCCAUUAUGGAUUGAUAACUUUGUUCUUAUUAAAGAGUCCUGAUAAAAACGUCAAGAA